AUUUUGCUCUUUUGCGAUUGGAAUAUCUAGCAUUUACUUGCCGCCAUUUUUGUUCAGUAGUCGUGUAGGGAAGAAAUUUUCGUCAAAACUAUGACUAAUUUACGCGUAUUUAAAUUUGAUUUUCUUAAUUAAAAGCUUACUAACAUCGUCUGCUCAUUAUUUCUCCACUUUUCAAAUUGGAUCUGAUGGUUUGCAUUCGUUCAUAUUGGUAAAUUUAGAAAUUUAAAUUCUAAAUGGCGACUUACAAAAGGAAUAAGUCUGGAGGAACUCAAAGUGAAGGGCCCCAGAGUAACUCUGCUUCUCCGGCCAGUUCAAUAACUCACUCCAACCAUGGUUCCAGCCAUAAUAUCAACAACAACGCUCCCAAGUAUGGAACUUUGGUUCCCAACCGAAUAUUUGUUGGCGGCAUCUCAUCCAGCACUACUGAAGGUGAACUGUCUCAGCUGUUUUCAAAAUAUGGAACCGUCAAAGCCACAAAAAUUAUAGCCGACAGGGCCGGUGUUUCUAAAGGAUACGGCUUUGUAACUUUUGAGUCUGAAGAAGAGGUCAAGUACCUAGUUGAGAAUGCCAAUAAUGUUGUACUGAGAGAACGAAGGCUGAACAUAGCACCAGCUAUUAAGAAGCAGCCAUUCAGUCGUUCGUUUGAGACAUCAUCCCCUCCUCCUGCCACCCCUAAUCUGUACUAUUCACACAACGGGGUUCCAUACACGUUCCACAAUGGAAUGGCUUUCUUCCCACCUACAGCUCACCAGCCAGCAUUGACUGCAGUACCUUCCACAGACCCGUCAAUCUUUCCACAGUUUGGACAACCUCAAAACGGCCCCCCAGCCUCAUAUGGAGCCCCUCUUCUAGUGCCUGCACCUAUGUUUUUGCCACCUCAAAAUUAUCCUUACCAACCGAUGCAGCUGGCAAACGGCAGCCAGUUGGUCUAUCCAGGUUCCGGAUCUUCCAACACUAGUUCUGCUGGAACCCCGGACAUGCCUCCGACAAACACACAUCUGCCUCUUCCUCCACCUCAUCCUCCGCAGUUCUACCCUUCUCAUCAGUAUGCUGGACCUGAGGGCUUCUACCCUCCUCCCUACUUCAUCAGCUACAACACUUACAGCACAGUAGGAGAGUACGAGAGCAACGAACAUGUUCCCACUGAAGAGUCUAUACCUUCUACCGUCUCUACACCACCGACAGAGAUGAGUGAAAGAAGCAGCAAUCGAUCCCCAGCUGUAGCACCCUCACAGAUGAAUACUGCCAAGAACAAAAUGGAUCAGGCAAGAUCAAUCACAAAUACUCCGAAUAGUGUGCAGAGCAACCCGACUGUGCCAAGCAAUGACAGCUCGGUGCCUGUGGUCUCCUGGCAAGUAAUGCAGAACCAUGCAGAGGAUAGGCAACUUCACAUUCGAGAUGGCAGGAGAGCAUUCCACCCCAUAAUUCCUCCCCAGUCCUCGCAACCCACCCGUGUCAUGGUAUAUCAUCAGCAGCCCAACGUCCCUGCCAACCAUCCAAACAACAUAUAUCCUCAGCCGGAAGUUCCUCGAAACCAGCAGAACUUUAGGAGUCGCCCGCGAUACAACAUAUCUGCAAACAGUAUGCCCUUCAUACCAAAGUUUCCCGAAAGUUUUGACAACAAUAACACAUUAACGAUGAAUCACAACUUUCACGACAAGAAAGCCACUGAAGUGAAUAACACUAGACAGCAAAGGUUCAAUAACAAACCCAGGAAAGGCGGCAGAUUCACCUCUCCUUCCUCUUCCACCGUCCCUAAGUCUAAACCCACAAAUCCUGUUCCUUACCUUCCCUCCUAUACUUCACAGGUUAUGCAGCAACAGCAGACUUAUGAACGGCCAGUGCUGAUGUCUACUGUAAUAACCAGCCAGCGAUGGUCCUCCAACCCUGCCUCGUUGAAAAGAAAUGUCAUCUACAAACGGCAAAACGGCUCCAACUCAAAUGUGGGUUCUGGUGCUCCUCGUAUGAACAACAAUAACAACAACAACAAGCCCAGUGGAGGUGCUGAGGCAGCUGCUACAGGUGACCUUGGAGGAGGAGGAGAUGCUCCACCACCCUCUCAGCUGGCUCUCACUCCCCCCUCUACUCCCUCCAAGACUGGUAGAAAACAAGACGUCACUUCCAAGAUGCAGACACUCUCUCUUGGAAGCAGCAGCUAAAAAAACAAGAUUCGAGAUGGGUGCCUUGCUUAGACCGGACAAUAUCGUAUUUUGCCACUUUUUUUCUUAACCGGUUGUGUUCAAACAGGUAUCGAGCCAGGUAUUUUUUGUAAGUUUUUACCUGGAAUUGUAUAUAGUUUUUUUUUUGAAACGGUUUACUUAAACAAUGCUGUGGCAAUUUACAGUGGGGGCGUGCAAUGGAAAAUUUUUGUGAGAAAGUGGUUAUUUGUCUUUAUCUUUCUCCCACGUGAGUCGCAGCAAUGUUUAAUGUUGUUUUUCUUGUUUAGUCUAAGACUGUUAAAUGUUACAUUGUUCGUUAUGUUGAUACUUAAUUUAUUGUUGCACUUGUUAAACACACACAGUUAUAUGUGUACUAAAUCUUCUAGUCUUUCGUUAAGGUAAAAAAGUAUAUUACACUAAAUUGUGUAUUAAAUACAUGUAGUGUUAAAGUUAAGAUGUUAAUUUAAGGCAGUUGAUACACUUCAUAACGAGACAUAUUUAAUAGUGAUGGUGAGGCCUAAUUGUUAAAAAGUGCGUUAGUAGUGCUUAUUCAAAGGAAAGACUUGCUCAACGAUAUUACAACAUAUUGUUGUGUUACCUAAUGAUGCCUUUUAAGAGAAAGUGUGUCGCACAUCACAAUCCCAACCCUACAUCAGAUAGUAGCCUAACUUCAAGAACAAUGUAGACUUUAAGAUACAAAAGACAAUGUACUGUGCUUAUACCCCUUUACUAUUCUUACGUUCCUGCAUGUGUUUUUACCCAACCCUUUUUGUGUAGUGUGCCACAUAUUUAUUUUUAUCUUUAAAUUGAUUCAAGAUGACACCGUUGAGAGUGGAAAAAUAUAGAUAUCGUAAGAUAAAUGUGGCAAAUUUCAAAUAGGUAUUCCCCUGAGAUAAAGCUAGCUAACACACCUGCAACUUUGCCGACAUCAAGUUCACCACUCUUAUAAACAAAUUGAGUCUAGGAAACAACAGAAGAAUUUAAAAAGAGGACAGUCAUCAAAAUUUUGUGUGGUUUUGUCUUAAAAUAUUUAUUUCUUAUACUAAUAUGUGUUUGUAUUGUUCAACGGAUAAUAAAAUAAUAAAAAUUCAUUAAUUGAA